CUGAAACGUUGUAACGGUUCUCUGCAGCAAUCGUCACUGAGCGAGGUCAGGAAGGCGGGAGGGGACACGAGAGGCGUGUUUUGCCUGGGUGAGGGCACGUGGUUUACAAAGUGCCGAGUUCGCAAAGUGUCCCGCAAUCUGCUGCAGAGCCUGAGCACAGCCGCUGAGAGCAGCAGCAAAUAGGCCAUGGCUCCUCCUCUUAAAGUCUGCAUCGUUGGAUCUGGCAACUGGGGAUCAGUCAUCGGACAAAUCAUUGGAGAAAAUGCGGCCGAAAAUAAGAUGUUUGACAGCACUGUUUACAUGUGGGUGUUUGAGGAGAUGGUGGACGGCAGGAAGUUAACAGAAAUCAUAAACACUGAGCAUGAAAAUGUGAAGUACCUCCCGGGAUGCAAGUUACCAGCCAACGUGAUUGCGGUGCCUGGGCUGCUGGACGCAGCGAGAGAUGCCGAUAUUUUGGUGUUUGUCAUGCCACACCAGUUCAUCAGAGAGACCUGUGAUGAGUUGAAAGGUCAGAUCAAGCUUUCCAGCAUUGGAGUCUCUCUUAUCAAGGGUAUUGAAGUUGGAUCGUACGGUCUGAAGCUGAUCUCUGACGUAAUUCGGGAGACACUUGGAAUUGAAGUGAGCGUGCUCAUGGGAGCAAAUCUUGCCAAUGAAGUAGCAGCUGGGAAGUUCUGCGAGUCCACCAUUGGAGCUGCAAACAUUGAACAUGGAAAGAUUUUAAAAGAACUGCUGCAGACUCAAAACUUCAGGCUCAGGGUGGUGGCGGAGGCAGAUGCUGUGGAGAUCUGCGGGGCCUUAAAGAACGUGGUUGCCAUGGGAGCCGGAUUCUGUGACGGAUUGGGCUACGGUGACAACACAAAGGCUGCAGUGAUCCGCCUGGGGCUGAUGGAAAUGAUCGCCUUUGUGAGGCUGCACUGUGAGGGCCUGGUGUCAGACUCCAUCUUCCUCGAGAGCUGUGGCGUGGCUGACCUAAUUGCCACCUGCUACGGAGGCCGCAACAGGAAAAUCGCGGAGAUCUUUGCAAAGACAGGCAAGUCUAUUAAACAGCUGGAAGAAGAGAUGCUGAAUGGGCAGAAGCUACAGGGACCAAAGACAGCGAUCGAAAUCAAUCACACUCUAAAGCUCCAAAACCUAGUCAAUAAAUUCCCUUUGUUCACUGCCGUGUAUCAAAUCUGUUAUGAAUGCAAACCAGUAUCUGAAUUUGUCAAGUGCCUCCAAGAUCAUCCAGAACAUAAGUGAACCAUGAUCUUAAGGAACCUGUUCUAGACCUGCCUUGGGCAACGUAUCAAGGUGGUACUUGUUGCACAUACCGAGUGCUAGCAGAUCUUUCAUGCAGUUGUACAGAGACAGGUUGUCUCUGUGAUUUAAAACGUGUGCUUGGGACACAGUUACUGCUUUGGAUAGAAUCAGGAAAUUGCAGCCAAAAUGUGUUUAAAUUUGUCCUGUUUAGGUUAGGCUUAAAGUUUCGACAGAAAUGUAUUUGCAUCAUCAUUCAGGAACCAGCCUGAUAAUGUAGCUAUUCAUAUAUUUAAUCUUCUUUCUAGUCUUCCUUGAUCUGGUUCAGAGUGGUAACCUGGUGUAGGUUCACUUACGCAGCGAGCAAUGUGUUAAAUCACCAAAUGUUAGACACUUUUCCAAGGAUGUCCAGGAUGAGUAACUUCAUUUUAAAAUCACUGAAAAUGGCCUUGAAUAUAUUCAAGAACCCAGCUUUCACUAUCAGAAAGUUGCCACUUCAUUAUUUUUCCAUGCUGGGUCAGGGUCAGAGUAUCAAAUAGUGCACAUCAGCAAAAAGAUGUUUCAAUGAUACAUUCCGUGAGAAAAUGAGACAUGAAACUCCAGAACAAAACCUAGCAAGAACACAGCAAAGUUGGAUGACACACUCAAUGGGAAUUCAUCAAUGAUUGAAAUUUCACGUCCUCGCCUGUAAAGGGACAGCAUUAUUUUCAGGAAUGUACUUGAUUAACCACCAAACUCUGAAAAUUAUUUCUAGCUUUUGGUUCAUACUUUUUAUUAAUUUUCACGUGCUUUGGUUUCUCACGUCCCUUUUUGUUUGGUUAGCCAUUUCCCCAGUCUCAUGAUCUUUGCGUUGGAUAUUUAAUCAUUUCAAUCCUCUCCCACUUCUUACUCGUUUCUGUAAAAGAUAUCCCUGCUACGUGACAAAUGGUAUUCAGCACCAG